GGUACGAAAGCACACGUAUUCCAAGAUGGAAAAGAAAAGCCCGGCGAAAAAACCGUUUUGUACAAGUUGUGGAAUUUUAUUUAGAGAGUAUUCAAAAUCCACUGGUAUUCAUGGUGUUUCGUAUAUUGGAGAAAAAAGAACGUAUUUUGAGAAGAUAUGGUGGCUUAUCGUAUUUGCUAUAGCAUUAUCAAGUUGUGUUUAUGCUAUUCUAGAAGUGUAUCAGAAAUGGAUCCGAAGUCCAGUAAUUGUGACAUUUGCUACCCAAGAAACUCCAAUAUACUCCAUACCGUUUCCAGCGGUUACAAUAUGUCCAGAAUCAAAGACAAACCAGUCUUUAUAUAAUCAUACAAAAGUAGUAAGAAAACUUGUUGAUAAGAAGUCUUUAACUGAGGAUGAACAAAAUAUUUUAAACUACAUAAGUUUAGUCUGUGACACCCAGCAUGCUGCGAAGGGAAAAUUUAUAGAUGAAAAUAUUUACAAAGUAUUAGCUAAGGUAAACUGCAAAAGUCCUUUGAAUAGGUGUUCCUAUAUGGGCCAGUCCGUUGACUGUCGUGCAGUAUUUGAUCCAAUUAUUACUGAUGAUGGAAUAUGUUAUUCGUUUAAUAUUUUGGACAAAUCUGAUCUCUUUAAAGAUAUUGUUGUAUCUAAUUCAAAUUUUCACAACGCUAAUAAAACUAAUAAUGAUUGGACUAUAGAAACUGGUUAUGCUGAACAUUUAGAUAAACACACAUAUCCUAGAAGGGCGCUCUUUGCUGGACUUCAAAAUGGCUUGUCAAUAGAUUUUAGGUCGACUACAGAAGAUAUUGAUGCAAGUUGCAAAUUAGGAGUUCAAGGUUAUAAAGUUUUACUUCACCUUCCAUCAAGAUUGCCUUUGUUAAGUCAGGGAUACUUCAGAGUACCGGAUAAUGAGAUAGUUAUUGCUGGUGUUACGCCGACUAUGAUAACAACUUCAAACACUCUCAAGAGUUAUGAUGUAGCUAGAAGAAAUUGUUAUUUUUCUUACGAAAAAGAGUUGCACUUUUUCAAAAUUUACACCAUUAGAAAUUGUAAAAUAGAGUGCCUUACAAACUUUACUUUAUACUACUGUGGAUGUGUGGGAUUUUAUAUGCCAAGAGAAAAUGGAACAAAAAUUUGUGGUAUUGAAAAACAAAGAUGUAUGACGAAUGCUGCGGAUAAAUUACAUAUACUAAAUUUACCAGAUUUUAGUAGCAAAAAUAAGACUAAAAAACAUAAAUUUCAUGGCAACUUCACGGUUUGCGAUUGUCUACCAAUGUGCUCCGACUUAUCUUACAACGUUGAGUUAUCUCAAUCAAAAUGGAAUUGGCAUCCUGCUUAUAGGGCGCUGGUUAGAAACGAGAAAUUUUUAGAUCCAUCUAGUAUAACUCUAUCCAAAUUAACAAUCUUUUUUAAAACGACUGACUUCAUAUUCUCCGAACGGAAUGAAUUGUACGGACCUUUGGAUUUUUUGGCUAAUUUCGGAGGAUUAUUAGGACUCUUUACAGGAUUUUCACUGCUCUCCAUGAUGGAAAUAGUAUAUUUCUUAACAAUUAGGAUAUGUUGUAACGUAAGGCUCUUUGGCCAGUGGUCAGGAAAUGAUAAUUGAGAAUAAAUUAUUGUAACAAAUUAUUUAAUAUGUAUUCCACUUUUAUAACUUUUCGUCAAUAUAAGCAUGCUGAAUAUAAUAA